CUCACUAUCUUUCAUCACAGUAACCUGUUUCACAUUGCGGUAUCUCACUAUGAUGUCGUCAGAUCCUUCGGCGUUGAAACCCAGCAAACGAGCGCGAACGCAACGCAGCAUCAGUUCAACGUUGUCGGCUGAUCCAAAGUCUCGAGCAGACAUCUCGUCGAGGACUCAGGAAAUGAACCAAAGGGCGAAAGAUGGUGCUCCCCUGAGCGAGACGGAACUGAGAGAUGUCAUCAACUCAGUCCAAAACGUCUAUCCUUCGGAAACCGAUAUGAGCUGGGAAGAUUUGCGCACCGUUCUGAAGGAUGUGGCCCAUCUCUCACACAAGGACUGGGCCGUUACAGGAAACAACGCCAAGCGUCUCGGCGAAAAGUUGCUCCAAGAUGGCGUGUCAAAGAGUUCGCGCCAAUUGCUCGAACGUAUUUUGACGGAAGGAAAGUGGGACGAAGGAGCGAAGUACGCCACCGAGCGUCCUGAUUCUGUGCAGCCCUGGGCAGUUUUGGUUACGGGAGUGAACGGGAUUCGAAAAACGACUAGUAUAUACCAGACGUGGUUCCCCAAUCUCUUGGGAGAGGCGCUCGUGGCACCAGAUGGUGCUAAAACGCAUUUUUCGAACCAGGUUUUGCCAGUAGGGUCCAAUUCAUUCUUCCGCCAGUUGGAUCACAUGAUCGCCACACUCUGCAACGAAGAUUUUGGGCUCCUUUACUCCAUGACGUCAGAACUCCUGGACGAACAAAUGCUGAAGGAUCCUCCGAGAGAUGUCAUCAAGAAGUACUCUGAUCUAAAGGCGGCCAUCUUUACUCGCUACAGAACGCUUGCCGAACUUUUGGGAGCUCUUCUACUGACCGAAGCGCAGCUUGUGAAGUCAAACUGUAUGAUGGAGACUUCUGGUCGAGACGUAGCAAUGUUCAACUACGUGGAUCACUUCUUUCCGAAGGGAUACAGCAAACUUGCUUUGCACUUUACGGUAAACGACUUAUCUCAGGCCAAGGAAUCCGUGGACCAACGUAUGGUACGCGAAAUACAAACAGGAAUUAACGCAGUGAAAAAAGAAUCUGUUUUCGAUAUUAUAAAUGCCAAUGCUGGUGGGCCGUACGGAUCGGAAGUCCUAGAAGGGAUCCAGCGUGAUUCUGACAAAGUAUGGAAUACGGUAUUGGACGGCAGUGCAGGAGUCGGAAAGGAUUGGUACAAGGCUACGAUUCGAAUCAAUGCGAAGGCAAAUGAACCGUGGACUGCUCAGGCUGUAAAGCCUGACGGAAGCCUUGGCGCAGAAUUCGUAUUUGAAAAGAGCCCUAGCUUUUGA